CACGGCUCGUACGGGUUUGCUCUUGGCAUACUCUUAGUUUCCCCCUCGAAACCUCAGUUAUCAGCCGGCUAGUAGUGCACACUCGCUACACAACAUACGGAUCACUACGAUUACCAUUCAAUAACUUUUAAUCCCCAAAUCAUAUUUAUCUGCUCGUAAAUUAAAUACAAAUAUUUUAUUGAUGGAUUAUUUAAAAAAUAGUUAUCACUUUUUACAUUCCAAAAAAAUCGAAAUCAACAAUGUUAUGUCUGAAAAAAAAGUGCAAGUUUGUUUCUUGAUUUGAUAUUAACAGUGUGAAUAAAUUGUUAAAAGUUGCAAGACAUUUUAUUACUCUAUAAAUAAGUGACAGAUACUUUCAUGUGAUGUGUGUCAUUUCAUGCUUGUUUUGUAACAAUGUGCAUUUUAGUUAAAGUUUUUAUUUAAUUCAUCGAAAUUUAUUGAAAACAAUUUAUAAAAAAAUAUAAUAUUUUGUGAUUUUAUGUACUACUAAGUGUAAAAUUUAGUUUGAUUAUAAAGAAUAAUACAUUGUUUUUUGAUUGAUGCGAUGGAGUCGCAACCGCUGAUCGAGACUUCGUCGCAAAAUAGUCAAAAUAUGGUUAUACCAAAGCCAGCAACAAGCAUUCCUAGGCAUAGUAUCGAUUAUAUAUUAAAACGUGCCGGACAAAAACGGACUCAUCAAGAGAGUGAAGAGAUUUCAUUGACAUCGAGGGAUACACAAGAAAGCACUGGAGAAAAUAGUUGUAAUUCGACGGGAGGUGGAAGUGAUGAAGAACUUGGACCAAGAUGUGACGAUGACGCUAAUAGUAGCAACAGUAAAAAGAAACAUCGUCGUAAUCGGACGACCUUCACAACUUACCAGCUCCACGAACUUGAGCGAGCUUUUGAGAAAUCACACUAUCCUGAUGUUUAUUCUCGAGAAGAACUUGCGAUGAAAGUCAAUCUACCAGAAGUUAGAGUUCAGGUAUGGUUUCAAAAUAGAAGAGCCAAAUGGCGGAGGCAAGAAAAAAUGGAAGCUGCGAGGCUUGGUAUAACGGAUUAUCACCAUCCAUCUGGCAUGAGAAAUGUUGGAGGUUCAGCGUUAGGCUUACCUGGAGACCCAUGGCUCACACCUCCAGGACUACUCACAGCACUUCCUGGAUUUUUAGCAGCACCACACACGGGUUACCCCAGUUAUUUAACGUCUCCAAGGCGGCUACCAUCUCCUCCAAACGUUUCAGCAAUUGGAAAUGGUAUUCCAGGUACGUUAAACGGGGGAAUCCCCGGAAUGAACACAGUUGGGCAUACACAAACAUCGCCAAGUCCACCAGGCCACGAUCCAAGAACAUCUAGCAUCCAAGCUCUGAGGAUGAGGGCUAAAGAACAUGUCGAGAGUAUCACCAAGAGCUUACAAAUGGCAGGAUGAAAUUACACCCCUGCUGAUUAUAAAAUACAAGACCAUGUACCUCCACAAAAAGCUAAAUAAUGUCUUUAGAUGAUAUGUUAUGUUAUAAUAAUCCAGGCAUAUUGAUAUGAAAGUGUCAAAAUAUAGUUAUCUACCGUCGUCGCUCUGGACAAAGAAUCUUUAAUCUUAAUCUCGAAUUGAGAGUUGCAAAAACGUGCAAUAAAAUAAAUAGCGACAAAUGACUUUUUAUAAUUUGCGUCAAUCAGAUAAAGACACAAGUGAGAUUGCAAAAGACAUUAAGUGAUUUAUAAAAAAAAAUGUUUAAUCGAUCAAGUACACGCCACCAACUGUUUUAAAUUCAAUAAUUAUUAAUUAGAUAUAACUGAUAUUAAUAAGAUAGAUUUAUGAAAUAAUAAAUUAAUUUGUAUGUAGAGAGUGUGUGAGGUUAAAGUGAAAAUAAUCGCACCGGUUAAAUUAAUUUUUUAAUUUAAAUUAAUCAUGCCGGUCUGAGCGAAUUACUCUAGAAAAAUUUUGGUCUAGAUAUAAAUAAUGAUAAAUCCAAGCAGAAUAAUUGAAAAAUAAUGGUGAAUAUUAAUUGAUAAUAUAAAUAAUAAAACAUUAUGCAGUAUUAAUAAGUUGUAAGACCGAAAAGUGUGAAAAUAAUUGUGUUGCUAAUGAGUAUGUGAUGAGUAUGAAAAUAGAAAUUUAGUGCGUAUGUGAUCUGAUAAUUGUAAAUGAAAACUGUUUUGCUUGUAAUUUGCUCUCACUUAAAAGUGGUUGAGUACCGUUUUACCAUACAUAACUUGGUGAUGACGCACAAUGAAUAGCCGAAUAUAUUAUUAUUAUUAUUUUAUAUUCUGACAAUUGUUGGCGAAGAGUCAUAAACACAUUUUUUGUGAAAUUCAUUAAAUCAACGUUUCUUCUGUUUUUCCCAACAAAAAAUUUCUAUCUGUAUAUAAUUUAUCGAGAUUAAAUAAAAUUUGAUGUACAUAUUUAA